AUGGCAUCUCAGGCUAGCCUUCUCCUUCAGAAACAGCUCAAAGAUCUUUGCAAAAACCCUGUCGACGGGUUCUCUGCCGGUCUGGUAGACGAAAGUAACAUUUUUGAAUGGAGUGUCACCAUAAUUGGACCGCCGGAUACUCUAUACGAGGGGGGUUUUUUCAAUGCUAUAAUGAGUUUUCCAUCCAAUUACCCAAAUAGUCCACCUUCUGUAAAAUUCACCUCAGAGAUAUGGCACCCCAAUGUGUAUCCUGAUGGUCGGGUUUGCAUAUCUAUUCUUCAUCCUCCUGGUGAGGAUCCAAAUGGUUAUGAGCUUGCAAGUGAACGUUGGACACCUGUUCAUACCGUAGAGAGUAUAGUGUUGAGUAUCAUAUCAAUGCUUUCCAGCCCCAAUGAUGAAUCUCCUGCAAAUGUUGAAGCUGCAAAGGAGUGGAGAGAUAGGAGAGAUGAUUUCAAGAAAAAGGUGAGCCGAUGCGUAAGGAAGUCACAAGAAAUGUUAUGA